CCUCGCUGAGCCCUGACGCCAAGGGGGCAAUAUUGUGACUGCAAUUCUUCCAGAAUGGAGUUCAUCCAAAUUCUCUUCCUGGUCCUGAGUGGCGUGGCCUUCCUUGCCGGGGUGCCAUUGAAUGGCUACAUCCUCUUCUUCACCGCCUGCCAUGUGGAGAGGACGGCCAGCGCCGUGUGGUUCUGGAGCCGGGCCAUGACAGAUUUCAUCUUCAUCAUCUUCCUGCCCCUCAGAUUCACCUCCAUCUUCAUCCUGGACUUAAACUGGGCCAAGAUGCUGAGCAGCACUGUCACUUCCUUCCAUAUGUUCUCCAACGCCUUUCUCCUCACGGCCCUCAGCUUCGAUCGCUACAUCCUUGUGACAUGCCCUGAGUGGACCCAGAACCACCGCACACCCAUCCUGGUUUUCAGAUUGAUUAUGGGCAUGUGGGUCCUGUCUGCUGGUUUCAGCUUGCGGUACGGUGAUCUCUGGGAGUCCGUGCUCUCACCUGCCAACAUCCGCAUGAAUUUCCAACUGGAUGAAGGGAGGGUGAAGGCUGCCAUUGCGAUCCAGUUCCUGGUUGGGUUUCUGAUCCCAUUCGCCUUGAUCCUGAUCCCAACCAUCUACAUCGUUCUAGCUGCCGAGCUGAGAAGGAACAGGCUGAUCCAGUCCACCAAGCCACUAAAGAUCCUUCUUGGCUUGAUCCCGACCUUUUUCCUCUGCUGGCUGCCGUAUCAUGUCUUCUCCUUUCUGCAGAUCUCGGCAACUUACCCUCUAAAUCUUCUGGACAUAGGAAGCACUUUUGCUUGUGUCCUGACAUAUUUCAGCAGCUGCCUCAACCCCAUCUUCUACCUCACCAUGGAGGAAGAGUUUCUGAGGUACCAGCAACAUACAUUAAGCCCCCAAACCACUGACAACUCAGAGCUGGAGCUGGCUGAAUAGGGGAAUGGAUGGAAUUUUCAAUAUUUGCAUGGAGAAAGAAUUAUUUUCACUGGGACCUGUAACAUCCUCUUGAUCCCCAAAUUGUGAAUUUUUUGGCCUUAUUCAGAGAAGAGCCACAAGAAUGAUUACAGGAUUCGAAAACCUGCCUUGGAGUGAGAGACACAAGGAUCUCAAUCUAUUUAGCUUAACAAAGAGGCGGUGAAGGGGUGACCUGAUCAUAGUCUGUAAGUACCUACGUGGGGAACAAAUAUUUAAUAAAGGGUGCUUCAAUCUAGCAGAGGAAGGUGUAACAUGAUCCAGUGAACAGAAUUUGAACCUAGACAAAUUCAGACUGGAAAGGAGGUGUAAAUUUGUAAUGAUCAGAGUAACUGACCAUUGGAGCAAUUU